GCGCAAAUAGCAAGAUGGGCUAAUACAUCAAUCACUGGAUUGACUUACUACCCUAUUCCUAGCGAAACAUUCAUGCGGUCGUAUCUUCGAUACCAACUGGCGCCCGUCUUAUGCUCUAUGAACGUACAGGAAUGUAGGAAUGCGGCUAAUCUACAGUUCCGCGAGCUCGUUUCAAAUGGUGUUGAAGUUCCAGUGAACAGCCGUAACUGGGUGUACUGCAAUGGUCUUCGUGACGGAACUGAAGCAGAUUUCAAUUUCCUGUGGAAUCGUUUCCAGACACACAAUGUGUACACUGAGAAAAUUCAGCUUCUUAUGGUCCUGGGUUGUACUCCUCAUAAUAAUUCCCUUAAUACGUUCCUGAACGCAAUAGUCCAGGAUAACUACAUAAUACGCCCACAAGAUUACACGACCGCUUUUAAUUCAGCCGUAAGCGGUAACGAGGGCAACACUCAAAUCGUCUUCCAAUAUGUUCGGAAUAACCUCGCAGCUGUUAUCCAAGCAUUUGGGUCUGCGACUACGCCACUGUCCUAUAUCUCUGCAAGACUAAGAACAGAAGCUGAAAUCGAUGCGUUCCAAUUAUGGGCGAAUGAAACCCGAACGGCAUUAGGUGACGACUUUCAAGCUGUGUAUGAUGGCGCUGAAAAUUCUCGUGAAAGUAUUCGAUGGGCAGAGGCAGUGUCAGAAGAUAUUAAUGACUACUUCGUCAACGGUGACUCUAAUAUUGUAACAAGUACAUCGUCCCCUGAAGUAGUAACAGAUCCCAUUACUGUAACAGCUCCACCUCUAGUUGAGCCUGAAACACCUACGAUACCCGAUUCAGCAGCGUCCCGCUGGUUUUUGUUACUUUUUGGGUCAGCCCUUAUCAAGGGCAUCUUAAGCUUUAGCCCCGUUCCCGUGCCAGACGAAGAAUGGGAGGAAUUUUACCGGAUGCUAAGAGACCCAGCCUAUCGUUUGCCAACUACAACUCGGCCGCGACAUUACGAAGUAACUUUAACUCCUUAUUUUGAUAUUGUGCCAAUAAAUACAACAGCAUUCACUUUCGAUGGUGAAGUAACAAUUAAUAUUAGUCCAACCGAAGCCAAUGUUACUGAAAUAGUUAUGCAUUGUAAUGAUCUCACGAUCAACUCUGUAAGUGUUCUUUCGCAAAGCAGCUUAGAAGUCAACACGCCGAAUCAAACACUCGAGUGUAUCUCGCCUUACAGCUUUCUCAGGAUUAGCACAACCACGCCCUUGCAACUUGGUGAGGAAUAUAUCGUGAAAAUGACUUUCAGAGGCAAUUUGCAAACUAAUAUGCGAGGUUUUUACCGAAGUUGGUAUAAUGACACUACUGGAAGAAGAUGGAUGGGUACCACACAAUUUCAACCGGGUCAUGCUCGUCAGGCGUUUCCUUGUUAUGACGAACCGGGUUUUAAAGCAACCUUCGAUAUAACAAUCGUAAGAGAGCAAGACUUUAGCCCAACUAUUUCUAAUAUGCCUUUGAAAACCAGGGAAACGCUCGCAAAUGGAAGAGUUGCAGAAACUUUUCAUACAACUCCUGUGACUUCUACAUACUUGCUGGCUUUUAUCGUUUCCCAUUAUAUUGUUGUGGCCACUAAUAACAAUACGAUAAGGCCAUUCGAUAUCUACGCCCGAGACAACGCCGGUUCUACUGGAGAAUGGUCUCUUGAAGUGGGAGAAUUGCUCUUAGAAGAAAUGGAACAAUACACUCAAAUUUCUUACUAUAAUAUGACUUCAAAUAUGAAUAUGAAACAAGCUGCUAUUCCCGAUUUCUCCGCUGGCGCUAUGGAAAACUGGGGGCUCUUAACGUACAGGAUGAUGGAAUACGGAAAAACGCGCAAAGGGCCGCUGCCUGGAGGUCGCCAGGGCGCGUCUGGAGGUGGCGCUGGACGCGACAGAAUGCGAACCGCCAGCCGAGCGAGAGGUGCUGCACGACCUCCCAUCAGACCCUCGCAUCCAUCAUCCCCACCAGCUGGCUUAGUGUCGGCAGGGUCUUCGCGGGCCCAGCAAUCGGCACCCGCCACUGGUGGAGUACGCCGCAUGCGAUGGACAAUCAAAAUUAAUACCAACGCACUGCGGGCGUAUUUUAGGGCGAAAGGGGGAGAAGUUGGAGGUUUGGCAUAUCGGGCUAGGAUGCAUCGUCAUUUUACUAAGCUGGAGCCAUCUAUAACCGUCACAGAGCAAAACCUGGCAGACCGAGUUCGGUAUAUCUUGAGCUCAAAUAUAUUUGAUGUCGCCGAACUCGAACGGCUACGACGUAAGGCUGUUCCUUCAUCGGGUGAAAAUGCUAAGGCUGAGGAUGGGGCGCCACAACUUGCAGAGCAAACGACAAACGUGGAUGCCGCCAUGAAUACCCCAGUUGUGGUUGAUUCAAACGAUGAUGGAACAAUCGCCCUGGAACUUGAACUAGAGCAAAUGAGGAGUACAUUGGAGGAGGCGAUUGUGGAAACGCGCAGUACGCCUCUCGAAAAUCGACCGCGACUUCCCCGCAUAGCUCAAAGCAAGCGGAAUCGGGCUGUCGUGAGGGCUCUGAACUCAAUGCUGGUGACCUAUUUGGAAGCCAGCCGGCUGACCCUCCGAGAUGGCCGAGAAGCUCUGAUAUUGUAUGACCCUCUCAAUUCGAAUCAUCACUACAAACAACGAGUCGCCAAUAUUGUGUCCCAUGAAAUAGCCCAUAUGUGGUUCGGUAACCUCGUGACUUGCGCAUGGUGGGACAAUCUAUGGCUUAAUGAAGGAUUUGCUAGAUUCUAUCAAUAUUAUCUUACGCACGCGGUCCAACCAGAGCUUGGCUAUGACAUUCGUUUCAUUGUUGAACAACUGCAGACUGUUAUGAUCGCUGACUCAAUUGAUUCCGCGCACGCUCUCACUAACCCAGCUGUCAACGAUCCGAGCAGUGUCAGUGCCCACUUUUCGACCAUUACCUAUGCCCGAGGAGCAUCUGUAAUUAGAAUGACGCAACAUCUUCUUGGAGAUAGCACCUUCGUGAAAGGCCUCCGCCGUUAUCUAAACGAAAGAAAAUAUGAUGUGGCUGAGCCUCAUCAUCUAUUCGAGGCUCUUGACGCUGCUGCUGUUGAAGAUAAUGCACUAUCCGCUUACAAUGGUGUAACAAUAGACACAUACUUCAGAUCUUGGUCAGAGAAGGCCGGGCAUCCAUUACUGACUGUCACUAUUGACCAAGUAACAGGAGGCAUGACUGUGACUCAGUCUCGUUGGGAACGUAACACUGGUGUAUCACAGUACCCAAGCCUUUGGUACGUACCUAUUACUUGGACAAGAGGAGGAGAACCUGACUUCAAUAACUUGAAACCAUCGCAGAUUAUCUCGGCUCAAACCACGGUCAUUCAAAGAAACACCUCAGGAUUGGAGUGGGUUUUGUUUAAUAAACAAGAAUCUGGCUUCUACAGAGUCAACUAUGACGAUAUUAACUGGUCUCUUCUGACCAGAGAGUUGAGAGGAGAUAACAGAACCGUUAUCCAUGAACUGAAUCGCGCUCAGAUUGUGGAUGAUUUGUUUGCACUUGCGAGAGCAGGCGUGAAGUCUUACGAUAGGAUUUACAACAUCGUGUCGUUCCUUGAGUUCGAAGAUGCAUAUGCACCGUGGAUUGCGGCCAUUAAUGGUUUCAAUUUCGUUAUAAGGCGGCUGGCUCAUGAUACAACAAACCUUCAAAAAUUAUACGACAACAUAAAAUCACUUAGUGUUGCAAUUACUCAAAGGCUUGGUUAUUCCGAAAUUGCCGGGGAGUCAUACAUGGAUGGUCUACUCAGGAUGCAUGUCCUAACGUUCCUUUGUAAUAUUGGUCACGAGCAAUGUAUAUCCGAAGCGAAGACAAAUUUCCAAAACUGGAGAAAUGGUGAAUUCAUUAAUGCAAAUAUGCGUCCCUGGGUAUAUUGCGUAGGCCUUCGUGAGGGAACCGAUGAAGAUUUUACAUAUUUCUGGAACCGUUACUUGACUGAAGACCUUGCCAGUGAAAAGGUUGUGAUGUUAGAGGCAGCUGGUUGCAUUAACAAUCAAUCUACCUUAUGGAGAUACCUGGAUGCCAUCGUUGCUCUAGACGAUGCAAUAAGGCCACAGGAUUACAACACUGCAUUGUAUUCUGCAGUGACCGGCAAUGAAGAUAAUACAAUGAGAAUGUUUGAAUGGUUAAAGAACAAUAUUGCUCCAGCUACUACAGCGUUAGGCAGCUUAGCCACUCCUAUUAGUUACAUAGCUGCACGUCUUUUGAAUGAACAACAAAUCGCUGAGUUCCAAGCAUGGCUAGAAGCAAACCGGGACGUUUUAGGUACGGCAUAUAAUACUGGUAUUAGCGGCAUUGCUUCGACGAGGUCUAAUCUUGAAUGGUCUUCGAGCCGCAUGACAGAAAUGGAGAGAUACUUCGAAGUGGGUUAUGUCGAAGAUACCAUUGUCAUUGACGGUGGUGAAGAGCAACCAGAAGUUGAUGGUGCUGAAGAAAUUGAAGAAGAAGAAGUAGAAGAAGGAGGAGAAGGUGAAGAAGAUGGUGAAACGGAUUCUGCUAGUGUUGCGGCGCUUAGUAUCAUGACUCUUGUUACAACUGUUGCCUUUAAUAUAAUGGUUUAG